CCGGGCCGGGCCGGGCGCGGUGACAAAGCGGCCGGCGGCCCCGCGCCGCGGUCCCCUUUGGUGACAGCCCUUUGCCAGCUCUUUUGUUGCGCCCGCAGCCAAUCAAGGCUUUUUACGACACAGUGGAGUUGGGAUAUAAAACCGGGAGCCCUCCUGGCUCCGCUCUCCCCAGCCCGGCGGCGAGGCGAGGCGAGGCGGGGCCGGAGCCCGGCAGCUCCCGGCCAUGUCGGCGCCGCGGGCCCCCGCGCUGCUCUGCCUGCUCGUGCUGUCCGUGGAGCUGUCCCGCGGGGAGCCCGAGCCGCAGCCCCCGGCCCAGCCUGAGGCGGAGCCGGCCUGCCCCGUCUGCCUCUGGCGCAAGCACAGCAAGGAGCUGCGGCUGGAGAGCAUCAAGUCGCAGAUCCUGAGCAAGCUCCGGCUCAAGGAGGCCCCCAACAUCACCCGCGAGGUGGUCAACCAGCUCCUGCCCAAGGCGCCGCCGCUGCAGCAGCUGCUGGACCUGCACGACUUCCAGGGCGACGCCUUCCCGCACGAGGACUACGUGGAGGAGGACGAGUACCACGCCACCACCGAGACCGUCAUCAGCAUGGCCCAGCGCACGGACCCAGUGGUGCAGAUCGAGGGGAACCCGCACUGCUGCUAUUUCAACUUCAGCCCCAAGAUCAUGUUCACGAAGGUGGUGAAGGCGCAGCUGUGGGUGUACCUCCGGCCCGUGCAGCACACCUCCACCGUGUACCUGCAGAUCCUGCGCCUCAAGCCCGUCACAGAGGAGGGCAGCCGCCACAUCCGCAUCCGCUCCCUCAAGAUCGACCUCAACUCCCGCGCCGGCCACUGGCAGAGCAUCGACUUCAAGCACGUGCUGCAGAACUGGUUCAAGCAGCCGCAGAACAACUGGGGCAUCGAGAUCAACGCUUUCGACCCCAGUGGCAAUGACCUGGCCGUCACCUCCCUCGGCCCCGGCGCGGAGGGACUGCACCCCUUCAUGGAGCUGCGCGUGCUGGAGAACAACAAGCGCUCACGGCGCAACCUGGGCCUGGACUGCGACGAGCACUCGACCGAGUCCCGCUGCUGCCGCUACCCACUCACUGUCGACUUCGAGGCCUUCGGCUGGGACUGGAUCAUCGCCCCCAAGCGCUACAAGGCCAACUACUGCUCGGGGCAGUGCGAGUACAUGUUCAUGCAGAAGUACCCGCACACCCACCUGGUGCAGCAGGCCAACCCCCGCGGCUCGGCCGGCCCCUGCUGCACCCCCACCAAGAUGUCCCCCAUCAACAUGCUCUACUUCAACGACAAGCAGCAGAUCAUCUACGGCAAGAUCCCCGGCAUGGUGGUGGACCGCUGCGGUUGCUCCUAGGCCCGGCGGGCGCGGCCCCGGCCCCUGCGCCGCGCUCCCCCUCCGGGCAUCAGCACCCCCUGUCUCUUCCCUUUUUACUUUUGUUUUGUUUUG